AUGUCUGAGCCGUUUCCCCUCCUAAACACCUCGGUCGACCAGCUACACCUCGCCGACGCGGAUACGACGCGCCGGCGACGCAAGAGCAGCGGCCUCGGCGGCGACAUCCGCGCCGGCGACACGGGCGCCCCAGCACUCGCCUCUAGCAGCGCCAGCCUCGACGCCGGCGAUGGCGAUGGCUCCUCGCCGCCCGCCUCCCCCGUUUCGCCCUCGUCCGCAACCCAUCUCGCGGCUGCCUUUGGCGCUACCGGCGCCAGCAAUGGCAGCGCGUCCAAGCGUCUCUCCAAGCGCCGCCGCGCUCGCGGGCUCGUCUCGCGCAUCCGCCAGACCAUGGUGAAGCACACCUUUGUCCUCCCCGCCUGCAUCCUCCUCGUCUUCCUCACCGGCUACGCCAUCAACCCGACCGAGGCCAACCCGCUCCACCGCUGGAUCUUCCUCUCGUACCGCCUGCCCCAGGAUGACCCGUCCAAGCCUGUUCAGUACGGCAAGGGCCCCUGGGACAUCGCCUUUGUCGCCUUCUACACCGUCGUCCUCUCCUUCACCCGCGAGUUCAUCAUGCAGGAGCUGCUGCGCCCUCUGGCGCGCAAGACGGGACUUGGCCGCUCAAAGCAGGCCCGCUUCAUGGAGCAGCUAUACACGGCCAUCUACUUCGCCUUCCUCGGUCCCGCCGGCAUGUACGUCAUGAGCCGCACCCCUGUCUGGUAUUUCAACACGCGCGGCAUGUACGAGGACUUUCCGCACCGCACCCACGAGGCCUGUGUCAAGUUCUACUACUUGUUCCAGGCCGCCUACUGGGCCCAGCAGGCAAUUGUUCUCAUACUUGGCAUGGAGAAGCCCCGCAAGGACUUCAAGGAGCUCGUCGGCCACCACAUUGUCAGUCUUGCCCUCAUCGGCCUCAGCUAUCGCUUCCACUUCACCUACAUGGGCAUCGCCGUCUACACCACCCACGACAUCAGCGACUUCUUCCUCGCCACCUCCAAGAUCCUCAACUACAUCGACCAUCCCAUCGUCGGCCCCUACUUCUUCCUCUUCAUGUGCGUCUGGGUCUACCUCCGCCACGUCAUCAACCUCAAGAUCAUCUGGUCGCUCUUCACCGAGUUCCGCACCGUCGGCCCUUUUGAGCUCAACUGGGAAACGCAGCAGUACAAGUGCUGGCUCAGCCAGUACAUCACCACCGCCCUGCUCGCCUCGCUCCAGGCCCUGAACCUCUUCUGGCUCUUCUACAUUGUCCGCAUUGCCUACCGCUUCCUGCGCGACAAGACGGCCGACGACGACCGCUCUGACGACGAGGACGAGGAUGAAGCCUCCCAGGAGAAGCCCAAGCUGCAGCAGGACAAGAAGCGCGAUGUGCCGACUCUCGAGAUUAACGGCAAGGCAGUCGCUAACGGCAGGUCCAAGUAG